AUGGCAUCCACUCCAAGACCCAAUCCUAACGCCGUCCGCAGUUUCGUAAAACAUCGUGUGGCCCUCGUCACCGGCGCUGCUCGAGGCAUCGGCUUCGCAACAGCUGCUCUCCUUGCGCAACACGGUGCACGUGUCGUACUCGUGGAUCUACAUGAAGAAGAAUCGAAGAAAGCAUGUGCGGAAAUUGGCCAGAAGGCGUCAUGGCAAGUCUGCGAUGUCACAAGCAGGUUGCAUUGUUCGACAAACAUCAAGAAAACAGUCGGAUCUAUUAGCAUGCUGGUCUGCAAUGCGGCUGUCAACCCCGAAGUCGCUCUCUUGCAGACUCUCGGCAAGGAAAAGUAUGUGCAGUCGAACUCGCAAGUCCGAUACAAUUACCUGGCGGAUGAACGCCUGCGAGAUGAUACUCCCAAACGACCCUCGACCAAACUCAUAGAUAUCAACGCCAACUCCGUCAUAUUUGGAUUGAAAUUUGGCAUCCACCACACGAAACAAUAUGGUGUAGGUUCUAUCGUUGGUCACUGCAUCCGCCGCGUCCUACCUUCCGGUGUCCUCGCAGCCGCUGUAUGUGGCAAGCAAUCACGCCGUGCUGGGACUAUGUCGGGCUACGUCGCAAAUCAGCGAGGUGAUCGAUAUCAUAUCCUUUAA